CCUUGCGCGCCCCCAGCCCGCUGGGGUAGUCCAGGCGGGGCAGUGCGGACUGCCUCGGCCUUAGCUGAGGAGCGGAGCGGCGCUUCCGCAGCGGCUGCUCUCGUUCGACUAUAACCCACACUCCCGGCUCCAUCCCCCGAGUCCGCAUUCCCCGUGGGGAGGCGGUUCCCACGCGGGUCCUGGGCGAUGGCGGCGAGGGGGUCCGGGCGCGAGGUCCUCAGCCUCGGGCCCCACCUGCUUCAUUUCCUCAACCUUUUUCAGCUGGUGGCCGGGCGCUGGGGCCCAGCGAGCGCGGGGGGCGGCGUGCCUAGAGGAUUAACUGAACCGUCCUUUGUGGCAAAACACGAAGAUAGUUUGUUUAAGGAUUUAUUUCAAGACUACGAAAGAUGGGUUCGUCCUGUGGAACACCUGAAUGACAAAAUAAAAAUAAAGUUUGGCCUUGCAAUAUCUCAAUUAGUGGAUGUGGAUGAGAAAAAUCAGUUAAUGACCACCAAUGUCUGGUUGAAACAGGAAUGGAUAGAUGUAAAAUUAAAGUGGAACCCGGAUGACUACGGUGGAAUAAAAGUUAUACGUGUCCCUUCAGACUCUCUCUGGACCCCAGACAUCGUUUUGUUUGAUAAUGCAGAUGGACGUUUCGAAGGGGCCAGUACCAAAACUGUCGUCAGGUACGACGGCACUGUUACCUGGAUGCCACCGGCAAACUACAAAAGUUCCUGCACCAUCGAUGUCACAUUUUUCCCAUUUGACCUCCAAAACUGUUCCAUGAAAUUCGGUUCUUGGACUUAUGACGGAUCCCAGGUUGAUAUCAUUUUGGAAGACCAAGAUGUGGACAAGAGAGAUUUUUUCGAUAAUGGAGAAUGGGAAAUUGUGAGCGCUACGGGAAGCAAAGGAAACAGAACCGACAGCUGUUGCUGGUACCCUUACAUCACUUACUCAUUUGUCAUUAAGCGCCUGCCCCUCUUUUACACCUUGUUCCUUAUUAUACCCUGUAUUGGGCUCUCGUUUUUAACCGUACUUGUCUUCUAUCUUCCUUCAAAUGAAGGUGAAAAGAUUUGUCUCUGCACUUCCGUACUUGUCUCUCUGACCGUCUUCCUCCUUGUAAUUGAAGAGAUCAUACCCUCGUCUUCCAAAGUCAUCCCUCUGAUUGGAGAGUACCUGGUGUUUACCAUGAUCUUUGUGACACUGUCCAUCAUGGUCACUGUCUUUGCCAUCAACAUCCAUCACCGCUCCUCUGCAACCCACAACGCCAUGGCUCCAUGGGUCCGCAAGAUAUUUCUUCACAAGCUUCCCAAGCUGCUUUGCAUGCAGAGCCACGUAGACAGGUACUUCGGUCAGAAGGAGGAAACGGAGAGCAGCAGUGGACCGCAGUCUUCUAGAGACACCCUGGAGGCGGCACUUGAUUCUAUUCGCUAUAUCAUGAGACACGUCAUGAAGGAGAAUGAUGUCCGUGAGGUUGUUGAAGAUUGGAAAUUCAUAGCCCAAGUUCUUGAUCGGAUGUUUCUGUGGACUUUUCUCCUGGUUUCAAUUGUUGGAUCUCUUGGGCUUUUUGUUCCUGUUAUUUAUAAAUGGGCAAAUAUAGUAGUACCAAUUCAUAUUGGAAAUGCAAAUAAGUGAUACUUCCCAAAAGACAGUAGCAGGAAUUUAGUUAAAAGGCACAUAUCUAUUAUGACCCUAUAAAAAUUCUGAAAAUGCAAAUUAGGUUUAAAUCUGGUGCAAGCCCUAAUAGAUGACAGUUACCAACAUUGCUUCAUCUUAAUAGAUUGCCCAUUAGAACACUUAGCUGCAUGACUGAAGUAUGAUACUAACAUUUGAUUUUAUAAAAAUAGCAAAAUGUUAUCUAAACUGUACUAGUAAAAAAUGUUUGUAUCCUGGCAAAUAAUUCUACUUUGUAAUCAACAGUGAAGUUCAUCUUUUGACUGAGCUGGAAAAUUCCGGUUGUAUUUGAAGACUGAUUCCAAAACUUUCUGCAUUUGGUAAAGGUACACAUUUAAAAAUUCUCUUGCCCUGUGUUUAUUGGGUAACAGCUAAUAUUUAGUAUAAUAUUAUACUGCUAUAUUAAAUAAUCCGACUGCUUGGUAUCAUAAUGACUGAAUAUGAU